GUGUCACUCUGUUUUUCAUUACUUACUCGGCAUUAUUUCCUCAUAUAUUGCACGAUAGAUGGACGUUUCGUAAAUUCUAGAAACAGCUGACGUGUGCUGUUCCCAUUAUAUAAGUCAUUAGAGGGAGGAAAACACACAUUCUGCGUGCAAACUAUGUUGUGAAGACAACAACAUUUGACAGGUACUGUUAAGUGUAGGCUGUUGCAAUAUCAUAGACUAUAGUAUAGAGUGACACUACACUUUACAAAGAGAUGGCGGUCAACCCUUGUUUGGUCCACAGCCAGCGAUGGCGAAGUGACUUCCAGUGCGUCCUUAACAGCAUGCAGAAGAAGAAUACGCUCAUGAUCCCUGUGAAAUACGUCAGGCGUAUUGGAGGAAACGUUUGUACCUGUGACCUGGAUGACGACUUCAUGGACGAUGACAUUACGGAGAUAUCUGAAGAAGCUGUCGCAGAGGUAAACGAGCUGAAGAAGUUCUAUAAUGCAACAAACUUGUCCACGGAUGAAAAGACGAAACUGGGAAAAGCACAACCGAUAUUGACCAGACUGGCAGCGGAUUUGUCCCCCGAGGCAACAGGAAAAAUAGCUUUCCUGAACAUUAUUCGUGAUGCCUUGGUCGGCAGGUACGAAAGACUGGAGCAAGAUGUUCAAAAACCAAAAGAUGAAAAUGAUAUUGAUGGGGUUCAGUGGGCUGAGGACGUUGUUACUCUUCCAUUGGCUAUUGAGCACGUAGGUCACCUUUUCGGAAAGAAAGGACAGCGAAUCAAAAAUAUUGCUAAAACCUACAAGUGUCAGAUUCAUGUCAAAAACGUAGAAAAGAAGCACCAUUUGGUGAAUUUUGAUUUUGGCGCAAAAGAGAUUACGGUUGCUCUGCGUUGGAAUAUCGCGGAUGACGACAAAAUCCAUCUAUUAAAGCAGCACUUGCAGUCAGUGGUGAAGUCGAUCAUCGUCAAAAGGCAGAGGCACGAACAGGCCGUGAAAGAUUAUGCAGAGAAGCGGAGGAAGCGUGUGAUGCAGCCAAGUCGGUCUGCCGGAGCCGGGUUCAAAAGAUACGGACCAGCCGACACGAACUUCAAGGCUAUCUCUGAAAAGCAGUUCGAGAGACACCACACUGGACGAGCUAAAAGUUCCAAAGAUCGUAAACAAGGCAACGAGACACACAUCUUAGAUGGUGGAUAUUGUUACUUCUGUAACAGUUCGUACUGGAGAAAGAAGAAGAGGAACUCCACAGCAUCUUGGGGUGCCGACAGUGAUAAUGAUGCAGAAGAAGGGGAAGUCGAGGACAUGGAGGAGACAGAGACAGAAGAUGUGCCGAGUCCGUACGCUGACAAUGCAUGUCGGUAUCACUCGGGAUACCUUGUCGUCCCCCCAGACUGUCCGACCAAGAAGUCUGAAAAGGGCCGGAAUCAUGAGUGGACGUGUUGCUCAGAGGUUCUGCUUGGGUUGAUCACGGACGAGACCAUGCGCCAGUCUCAUACGUCCUCUGGAUGUCAGAGAGGAAGGCACCUUUGGCGGCCACCGAAUAAGAAGACCGAUCGGUGUGUUAGUAGUAAACUGCAGAGAUCUAAGGAAGCUAUUGGAAUGGAUUAUGCUGUGUAGACACUACAGAUAGUUAGGCGGUUGAAGAGCGCCAGUAUUAUGUGUAAUACUAAUGGGCCUACAUAAAACAGUAACACCAAAACCCACAAAAUAGUUUCUACCAUAUUUAUGCGUAUUUAGGCGCAUGCGUAUAUAAAGGAAAACUGCUUGUUUUCACCUGUGUUUUAUCUGGUCAUAUUUGCCGUCUUCAAGCGCAUGCACCUAUAAAUGUCGUGGGGUCAAUUCUACACUAUACUAUUUCUUAUACUGCGUGGUGUGCAUGUGACUGCGCAGUGGCCCAGAAAUGUGAGAUUCUUGUAUGGCCGAUGAAACUGUGCUUUACCUCGCACAUCGUGCAGUCCCCGCCAGGUUGUGGGAUUAUUAUUGGAUUAUUACACAGUCAUAUGACGUUGUUCGUUUUGGAUUAUAAACAGCAGAUAUUAGAUUAAAUAUAACCAGCAUUCGUGUACUUGGAACAAUAAACAACACAGAUUUUGUAA